UGUCGCGAAAUUAAAGCACAUUAAAACUUCCCUUAAAGGCGUCUGAAACGUACAGCAGAGCAGCGCAGAGUAAACAACAGAGCCAAAAUAUGAUGCAAACAUUUAACAAUAAAAUGGAAAGCUUUGAAAAUCUGCUCAGUGAAAAAAUAGCUGUGACGAAUCUGUCACCGUUUAACAUCUGCUGGAAACCAGGUAAAACUGUCUGCGUGCACGCGCGCGUCCCCAGUUAACAUGAUCCCCAGUUGAUCAAUGGACAGGACCUCUUGGAGAGUUCUCCUGAGUCGUACUUGGCAAGUCUGAACUACCAAGGACGCAAGUCCAAACUUGUAUAGCCUGGACAAAGUUUGGACACUCCUAAAUUAGAGAAUGUAUCUGGGCCACUAGCCCCGCCCAUUUCAUUCAUCUAUAGCCUAUACAGCCUUUUUCAAUUUAUGAAUUAAAAUGUUAGUUUUGCAAGUUACCCAUCACAUUUUUUCCCCGUAAUUUCCCUUAACAAAAUAACCUCAUGACCAUUUUCUCUAACAAUGUUUUCCUAUGUCCUGUUAAAAGAUAAAAUAUAUUUAAAAUAACUCCCUUUGUGCUGCUUUGGCCAGAGGCGUGAGUGAGUGUUAUGCAUCUGGAGAAAUGUGAAAGGCCUUUCAGGCCUGAUCAUGAGUGCAGGAGGUUGGGUGGUUCAGAGAUGAUCCGCUCCUCAUGACCAGAAUCCCUCUCAGUCCCACCAGCAACAUGGAUGACUUCAGCACACGCACCAAUGGCGCAGGCAACACACUGUUUGGAGAGACUUUAACACAGAACACAGUUCUUAACCUGGCUAUAGGUGGACUCGCUUCUCUGUUAGUCCUAGUAACUAUCAUCAGUUCAUUUGUCUUCCCUACUCCUCCUCCAACAGCAUUAAAUAUCUUCUUUGUUGUCUGCAUCAUCAUGAUCUGUACCUCUGUAUUGGUGCUGAUUUUCUGGUAUCGUCAAGGUGAUCUGGAUGUAAAGUUCCGUGGUCUGAUUUAUUAUUCCAUUGGUCUCAUUAUCCUCCUCUGUCUGUGUGCCAACCUGUACUUCCAUGAUGUUGGAAGAUGAGCACUCAUACUGAGCACCUUCUUAAUUCUCUCAAGCAAGUAGUUUAUCUGUCAGAAGGGAUAGUUUUGAUUGUGUACAUAGGUGAUCAGAUGCUUAUUCAAACAUAUAUCAGUUUAUUUAAACAGUGCACCUUGUGUUUUUUAUGCUGCAUAUUUGUGUUCAUUAUUUUCUGUUUCUGUAAAGAGUCAUGCUAAAUGCUAAAGUAUUUCAGUAGUUCCUUGUAUAAAAUAUUGUGAUUUUUGUUCUGUGAACAAUGCUGGUACUAAAGGAUGUAGCCCUGACAAUGAAUAAAAUAUACAUUUACCAUA